CCCUUUUUGGUUCUAUAUUAUACAGUGCCUUGCAAAAGUAUUCACCCCCUUGGUGUUUUUUGUUGCAUUACAACCUGUAAUUCAAGUGGAUUUUUAUUUGGAUUUCAUGUAAUGGACAUACACAAAAUAGUCCAAAUUGGUGAAGUGAAAUUUAAAAAAUGUACGGAAAAGAGGUACGUGCAUAUGUAUUCACCCCCUUUGCUAUGAAGCCACUAAAUAAGAUCUGGUGCAACCAAUUACCUUCAGAAGUCAUAUAAUUAAGUUAAAUAAAGUCCACCUGUGUGCAAUCUAAGUGUCACAUGAUCUCAGUAUAUAUACACCUGUUCUGAAAGCCACCAGAGUCUGCAACACCACUAAGCAAGGGGCACCACCAAGCAAGCAGCACCAUGAAGACCAAGGAGCUCUCCAAACAGGUGCUCCCAGUUCUCUACGUGUUGAUCGGCGGCGUGGGAUUAGCUCUCAACAGCUUGGCUGCCUGGAUCUUCUUCCGGGUGCCCAGUGACUCAGGCAUGGUGGUCUACUUAAAAAACAUGGUAGUGGCCGACCUGCUGAUGCUGCUCACCUUCCCCUGGCGCGUGGCCAGCGAGCUCGGCCUGGGCGGCUGGCAGAUCCGCGUGGCCGUGUGCCGCUACAGCGCUGUGCUCUUCUACUCCUCCAUGUAUGUGGGCAUAAUCUUAAUGGGCCUCAUCAGCCUGGAGCGCUACGUCAAGGUCGUAAGACACUCGUCUCCCUGCACACACCCCCUGCAGCGAGUGGGGUUCACCCGGGUCCUGGCCCUGCUGACUUGGAGCCUGCUGCUGCUUUCCGUACUCCCCAAUGUCAUGCUGACUAGCAAGCCUGCGGAUGAGGAGAGCUCCAGGCACUGUGUGCAGCUAAAGACCCCCCUGGGUCAGCAGUGGCACAAGGUGUCCUCCUAUUUCGGUGUGGCCCUGUUCUGGGCCACCGUACUGGUUCUAGCCUUCUGCUACUCUUCCAUUGCCCACCACUUCUACAAGUCGUACCGCCGUGUUCGCCAGGACGACAGCGGGGUGUACAGCAAGUCCAACUGCAGUAUCUUCAGCCUCCUGGCCGUGUUCUUCAUCUGUUUCGUGCCCUACCACAUCUGCCGCGUGACCUACACCCAAAGCCAGUUACCCGGCUCCGGCUUCAGCUGGCACAGCCGUUAUAUGCUGUUCCAGGCGAAGGAGGUCACCCUCUUCCUGUCAGCACUCAACGUGUGCCUGGACCCCGUCAUCUACUUCUUGAUGUGCACUAAGUUCCGCGAGUCACUACUGAAGAAACUGCCCAGAGGCAGGGGAGGGCCAAAGAGAUGUUCCCUUACCACAGAACAGACUGUUAGUAAUAUGUGAUGAGAAGAGGAAAGGAGAGAGAACAUGUGAGUUGAAAGAAGAAGCAUAUGUGGAAAAAUAGUAAACCAUCAAGAGGCAAGAAUUCUAACACUUGAUACAGUAUGUGUUAAUAUAUUGCAGAAAGUUCGACUGACCCUUUUGUAAUGAACUCCGCUGAAGGCAUGUCUGCACUGCAUUAGAAAUUAUAACAACAGACAUUUGUCUCUAGAAAACACCUUUACAGUAUUAAAAAUGCUUACAUUCCAUUGCUAGUGAUGCCAUAGGAUAAGACAUGGGUUAAGACAUUUUUUGUUGUUGCUUUAAAUCAUGUCAAUGUUGUUUUGAGGUUUGAUUUAAUAAAAAUAUUUUUUUGCUUUAA